AUGGAUGCAAGAAAUAAACCUCCGAUUGGCCGUCCCAUACGUAUGAUCAACCCGGUGAUAUCUGCGGGCUCUCAUGCCAUCCCAGGCAAUCUCAUUCAACUGAUUAUGACUCCAGAUCGCAGCCUCUACUCAAUCUUCGCAGUCCUUCUACUAAAGGCGAAAAUAGUGCCUGGGGUCGGGCAAGGCGUGAGACAACAGGGCACUGAAAAUAUGUAG